CUGCUUGGACUGGUUGGUAUAAUCAACUUAUAUCUUACAAACAACAAUACAAUAAUGCCGUUUGGUAUUAUAACCCUAAAUUAGAAACAGAAAAAGCUAAAAAAGAAUACGAAGAAAUGAGAAAAAAAUAUGAAGAAGAAAAAAAACUACAUGGUGAAACUAAAGAAAAGUUAGAAGAAGAAAUAAAAAAACAUAAUGAAACCAAAGAAUUACUUGAAAAAGAAAAGAAAAAAACGAAACAACUCAAAGAAACUAUCGAACAAUUACAAAAAAAACAUAAAAUUGAAAUCAACGAUCUUGAAAACAAACUUAAAGAAAAAGAUGCUAAAAUUCUAGAAUUACAAAAUGAAAAUACAAGGUUACGAAUGAUGUACGAUCAACAAAAAAUACUGUUAGAUAAACUUAAAACUGAUAUUGAAGAUAUGGAAAAACUUAAAAAUGAUA